AGGUGAAUUCGGGGUUUGGCGUUUCAGCAAGAAGGAAGAAAAUAAAAGAUGGCCAGAAUUUUCGUAUUUUUUGUUCUCAGUGUAAUUUUUGGACUAAACUUGGUGUCUGGAGAUUGUGAUGGGACCUUUGGACCAGUUGGUACUCCUGAAUGUGUGCGUUUAACUCCAUAUUAUUUCAAGUACCAAUGGGCAACGUGCUUAACUAAUGAAUACAUACAGACGGUGUCAAAAGGAAACGCCAUAUGUAGGGACAACGACGCAACCUACUGCUACUACCAGUGCAUGAUGGAAUUGUAUGAAAUUUCUGAAGGAAAUGUUAAUAACAAUUGUGCUUGUGGAGUUGAUGCCCCACAACAAACACAAACUCCUCCAAAGAACCAAACUCAGCUUCCAAGCCAUUGCUAUAGUCCAUCAGGUGGAGACUGCAGUUGGUACAGCGACUGUUUGGAGAGACGAUUCCCAUGUCAAGAAAUGCAACAAACAUCAUACGCAAUAAACUAUGGUCUUAAAUUCUGCAACUUAUACGAAGACCAUUACCAGAACUUCUCGACUGAUGGCCUGCAGUGGAUUGAUGCCGUUAGAGGUUGUCUCCAGGUCGCACUUGUGCCGCUUCUUCGUCCCUUUUUAACAAUCACUUGCGAUGAAAUAAAAGAGAAAGCAUUGAAUUCUCAUCUAUAUUGUUAUACAAACCCAAUUAAAAAUGCCCCAUCGUUUUGCGAUUUAUCCUUCCUGGAUAAAUGGAGAAUCUUUUAUACUGUUAUACCGGGACUAAUGUCCCAUUGUUAUCGAACAGGAAAUCUUUGUAAAGACAUAUUUCUUUCAGCCAAGCAGUUAUUAAAUGUCCGCAAUGCUUGUGAAAACCGCGAAACAAUUUUGUCGGAAGAAAGAAAAAUUCAACAAAUUCAGAUCAGGUAUAUCGGUCUUAACAGACAAACAAGGUCACGGCGGUCUUUGCAAUCAACAGAUGACUACUCUGCUGGGGCAGACCUGGUUAAAGCGAUUGCAAACGAGAUGGAAUGGGAUUCAAAAGGAGUCACAUGGGUGGCAUACUUUCAAAACAAUAUAUCAGCAAACGAAUCCAUGCAGUAUUCGAGGAGGCACUUUUUAAAUAUCUUACUUGCACCCAGCAAAUUAUACAAUUUAAACGACAGAAGGAUUAUUUCCCCGUAUAUAAAUAUAACAAUAAUUGUGGAAGAGAUAACGCAAGCAUUCCGUAUUGGCAGUCUAUGGUCAGACAUGAUUACAGAUAUUUCCCUUGUAAAAUUCGCGGUGUGCGCCGACUACAACUGCUCAAACACAACUAUCGAAAUCGAACCGUCUGCCAGUAAAAAGGAACAUGUGAGGGGUUUUGGUCGUUAACAAGCAUAAUUUGUAUAGCAAUCGGGUUUUUCCUGCUUCUGAUAAUAGCUGUUUCUACAAUUAUAUACAUUAACAGGCGCGCAAUUCAAGCAAAAUUGUUUAAAAGUUUUCAAAAUGAAGACUUUCAAACUCUUAUAAAUGAUACUGAUUAAGUUCCAUAAAGCCCGAAGGGCUUUAUGAAGAAUAAAAUCUCGUACCAACCCGUAUUUAUAGCCGAUAGUUGUUUUAAAAUGAUACCUUAUUACUAAUAUUUACAUUUGUGACUUAUUCAUACUUUAUAUUUGCCUGAUUGUGACUUUUAACGUGUGAAAUGCAUUAUUUUGCAUACCCAUUGGCUUGUAAAUAAUCCACUGAACGCGCAUCGACCCUUUAUGACGACACUGAGAACCAUACGCACAUCUAUGACCUCUUGCUCCCCUAAUGGUAUUUAUACAGUUAUAGAUAAACAUUGCUUUCCUUAGUGUUAUAUAAAGAAAAACAUUUCCAAAUGUAAAUAUACAGGAAAUGGAUAUAUAGAAUAAUGCUAGUGGAAAAUAUACAUCUGUUUUUUUUUUGUACAUUUCUAAAAGUAAAUAUUUGAUUAUGAUUCGUUUCAGAAUAAAAUGUUUUAUUGUAAAUAUCUUGAACAAAUCCUAGACAGGGAGAAUAAUUUGUUAAAACGUUUCACUAUAUUAUCAGUACUUCGAUUUUAUAAAUCAUACUGUGAAAUACUAAUUCCUAUAUUAUAAUUAACAUCUUAAUAAACAUAUUCGUGAUAAUAUGUAA